AUGUCCUGUUUUCAUAGGAGUUUAGUCUCUUAUAGAAAGAAAAAUAUUUUCAAUAUACUAGAAAAGAAAGUAAUUAAUCGUCCUAGAUUAAAAAAAUUUUUUUACUCUUUUUCUCAUCAUUCUAGACUUAACUGUCUAAGAUCUCUGUCCAAAAGGAGAAGAAUGAUGAUCUUGAAGAUACAAGAAAAAUAUUGUAUUGUCAGAAUACAAAGAAUACCUUUUGGAGGCAAAGACCUUUUAAAAAUGUUGACAAAGAAGGAACCUUUACUUAGAGGAAAUAUCCUUACUUUAAAAAAGUUUAGACGCAAGGACACGUCUUUUACCAAUAUUGUAGUUACUAAAUUACAAAGAAAAAUGUUAUUAAAAACUGUUAAAGACAUUGGUCUUAAGGUAUUGAAUAACAGGAAAAAAAGAUUAGUUUUACCUAAUCAUAGAAACAAAGAGAUGAAAGAGAAAAUAAAACUCUUAAGUCUCAAUAUCAAUCAUCUCUCUAACAAGAGAGAAGAACUUGAGGUUCUCUUGAAAAAGGAGAAACCAGAAAUCAUGUGCCUACAGGAGACAUGGAGACAAUCAGUGUUCCCCUUAAGGCUUGAAAAAUAUACUGCUAUAGAAACUAGUAGCAGUGGAAAAAACAAACCAGGAUUAAUUACUCUGGUUAAAAAAAAUGGAGCUAUUAGAUGCUCUAAGAAAGGGACCAACUCAAACAUACUGCAAACUGUGGUUGAGUUUAGGUCAGUAGGCAAAUGGAUUAAGUACUUGAUCAUCAACGUCUACAUACCACAAGACAGGGACCUCAAGAGAGAGGUUCUUGCCAGACUAUUAUCCCUUCUUUAUGAAGAGAAAUUAAAAAAUCACUAUAGUGAGAUCAUAGUGAUGGGAGAUAUGAAUAUGCAGGAUUCAUCUUUCAAGAAAAAAUUA